GGGCGCAUGCGCAUUUGCGAUCCCUCCCCCCAUGUGCGCGCGGCUCCUUCUGUGGCGAUCAUGCCGAAGGUGAAGCGAACCAAAGGCUCCGGCGCUUCCGGGUCCGCUUCGGCGGCGGCGGCGGCGGCUGUGGGGAACGUUCCUUUGACCGAGCAGAUCCUCCUGAGCGACUCGGUGAAGCCCGUGACGAGGGUCAAACGGCGGGGGAGAGGCGGACAAAAUGGCGGCGAAGGAGAGGAUUUCGUGGACGAGAGGCUCUCUCGCAGGAUCCUGGAGCAGGCUCGGAUCCAGCAGGAGGAGCUCGAGGCCGAGCAUGGCGCUGCGGCGGGAAGGGAGCAGCCCAGGAAGAGGACCACAGUCCUGGGACCUUCCUCAAAGGAUGGAGAUUCAGAUGCAGAUGAUGGUGAUGAUGAUGAUGAGUGGCCAUCACUGGAGAAAGCUGCAGCCAUGGAAAAGGAAGAAUGUUGUGAGGAGAUGACGGUGAACCCAGAGGAUGAAAAAGCCAUUGAAAUGUUCAUGAACAAGAACCCACCACUGAGGCGCACCUUGGCAGACAUUAUAAUGGAGAAGAUUACAGAGAAACAGACAGAAGUGGAGACUGUGAUGUCAGAAAUAUCUGGUCACCCUAUGCCACAACUUAACCCCCGUGUCCUAGAGGUCUACAAGGGUGUUAGAGAAGUGCUGUCCAAGUACAGGAGUGGAAAACUGCCCAAAGCCUUCAAAAUCAUCCCAGCAUUGUCCAACUGGGAGCAGAUCCUCUAUAUCACAGAACCAGAAACAUGGACUGCAGCUGCCAUGUAUCAGGCGACAAGAAUCUUCUCAUCGAAUCUCAAAGAGAGGAUGGCCCAGAGGUUCUACAAUCUGGUCCUUCUUCCUCGAAUCAGGGAUGAUAUUGCUGAAUAUAAACGCCUCAACUUCCAUCUUUACAUGGCAUUGAAGAAGGCAUUAUUCAAGCCUGGAGCAUGGUUCAAAGGUAUCCUCCUUCCCUUGUGUGAGUCAGGAACAUGCACACUGCGGGAAGCCAUCAUAGUGGGCAGCAUCCUUGCCAAGUGCUCUAUUCCUGUCCUUCAUUCUGGGGCCGCAAUGCUAAAGAUUGCUGAGAUGGAGUACAGUGGCGCCAACAGCAUCUUUCUUCGUCUGCUGAUUGACAAAAAGUAUGCUUUACCUUUCCGGGUGGUGGAUGCCCUGGUCUUUCACUUCUUAUCCUUCCGGACAGAUAAGCGCACCUUGCCUGUCCUGUGGCACCAGUGUCUCUUGACCUUUGCUCAGCGUUACAAAGAGGAUCUGUCAUUAGAGCAGAAAGAAGCCCUUUUGGAGUUGCUCAAGUUCCACAGCCAUACCCAGAUCUCUCCAGAGAUCCGCAGGGAACUAGUGAACUCCAAGUGUCGGGAUGUGGAGGUAAUGCAACCAGCAGCAAUGGAGUGAAUAUAUUAUAGAAACGUGGACUCUAUGUAUUGGACACUACAUGUGCUGUUGUUUUGUUUGGGAUGGAACUUGUUACAUUAAAGGCAGCAGCUGCUUUGGUCUUGAGGCUCCAUCACAAUGUAAUGGGAUAUGUGCCCUUUCCAGUACAAGACAGGCAAGGAGUAAAAGCAUUUACAAUUGUUUCCUUUACCUAGACAUGCAUUCAUGGUAAUAUAGGUCUUUUGUAAAAGAUGGAAUCUGUCACAUGAUGGUCAAAUUGCUUCAGAGUGGAGUUGUACAGUCUUAAGAGACCUGCUGCCAGAAGGUUUGCUGCAAUCACUAGUUGUCUCUUGAAAAUACUGGAGAAUGCACAUUAUUAAUAAACAGCAGUAAAGUAAA